GCGGGUCCGCGGGGCGCGAGGAGCGGCGAGACCGCGGCCUGGAACAAAGGGAGGCCGGCUGGGGCGGGGGCGUCGCGAGCAUGGCGGACCGCAGCCUGGAAGGCAUGGCGCUGCCCCUGGAGGUGCGGGCCCGGCUGGCCGAGCUGGAGCUGGAGCUGUCGGAAGGUGACAUCACACAAAAAGGAUAUGAAAAGAAGAGAUCGAAAUUGAUUGGCGCCUACCUGCCCCAGCCUCCGAGAGUGGAUCAAGCUUUGCCUCCAGAGCGCCGGGCUCCAGUUACUCCUUCCUCUGCCUCUCGCUAUCACCGCCGAAGGUCCUCAGGGUCACGAGAUGAGCGCUAUCGGUCAGACGUCCAUACAGAAGCUGUCCAGGCUGCGCUCGCUAAACACAAAGAAAGGAAGAUGGCAGUGCCUAUGCCUUCCAAACGCAGGUCCUUGGUUGUGCAGACCUCGAUGGACGCCUACACACCCCCAGAUACCUCCUCUGGCUCAGAAGACGAAGGCUCGGUGCAGGGCGACUCCCAGGGGACCCCCACCUCCAGCCAGGGCAGCAUCAACAUGGAGCACUGGAUCAGCCAGGCCAUCCACGGCUCCACCACCUCCACCACCUCCUCCUCUUCCACCCAGAGUGGGGGGAGCGGCGCCGCCCACAGGCUGGCUGACGUCAUGGCUCAGACGCACCUAGAAAAUCACUCUGCACCUCCCGAUGUAACCACUUACACCUCAGAACACUCAAUACAAGUAGAAAGGCCGCAGGGCUCUACGACGUCAAGAACAGCCCCAAAGUAUGGCAAUGCUGAGCUCAUGGAGACUGGCGACGGAGUGCCUGUAAGUAGCCGGGUAUCAGCAAAAAUCCAGCAGCUUGUCAACACCCUCAAACGACCCAAACGACCACCAUUGCGGGAAUUCUUCGUCGAUGACUUUGAAGAACUGCUGGAAGUUCAACAACCAGAUCCAAACCAGCCAAAGCCAGAGGGAGCCCAAAUGUUGGCGAUGCGUGGGGAACAGCUGGGUGUGGUUACAAAUUGGCCCCCAUCUUUAGAAGCAGCGUUACAGCGAUGGGGGACCAUCUCACCAAAGGCCCCGUGCUUGACCACGAUGGACACGAAUGGGAAACCUCUGUACAUCCUCACUUACGGCAAACUGUGGACAAGAAGUAUGAAGGUUGCUUACAACAUUCUGCAUAAAUUAGGUACAAAACAAGAACCUAUGGUGCGACCUGGAGAUAGGGUGGCACUGGUGUUCCCCAACAAUGACCCUGCUGCCUCCAUGGUGGCUUUCUACGGCUGCCUGCUGGCCGAAGUUGUGCCUGUGCCCAUUGAGGUGCCCCUCACAAGAAAGGACGCAGGAAGCCAGCAGAUCGGGUUCUUGCUUGGAAGCUGUGGAGUGACUGUAGCCUUGACGAGUGACGCUUGCCACAAAGGGCUGCCGAAGAGCCCGACGGGGGAGAUCCCACAGUUCAAAGGUUGGCCAAAGCUAUUAUGGUUUGUCACAGAGUCAAAACAUCUCUCUAAACCUCCUCGAGAUUGGUUCCCGCACAUUAAGGACGCAAAUAAUGACACUGCGUAUAUCGAGUACAAGACGUGCAAGGAUGGGAGCGUGCUCGGGGUGACCGUGACGAGGAUCGCGCUUCUGACCCACUGCCAGGCCCUCACACAGGCGUGUGGCUACACAGAAGCUGAAACAAUUGUGAAUGUGUUGGAUUUCAAGAAAGACGUUGGGCUUUGGCACGGAAUCCUAACAAGCGUCAUGAACAUGAUGCACGUGAUCAGCAUCCCGUACUCGCUGAUGAAGGUGAACCCGCUGUCCUGGAUUCAGAAGGUCUGCCAGUACAAAGCAAAAGUGGCCUGUGUCAAAUCCAGGGACAUGCACUGGGCAUUGGUGGCACACAGGGAUCAGAGAGACAUCAACCUCUCCUCUCUCCGGAUGCUGAUAGUGGCCGACGGCGCAAAUCCCUGGUCUAUUUCUUCCUGUGACGCGUUUCUCAACGUCUUCCAAAGUAAAGGUCUACGCCAGGAGGUCAUCUGUCCAUGCGCCAGCUCACCAGAGGCUCUCACCGUGGCCAUCAGGAGGCCCACCGAUGACAGCAACCAGCCCCCAGGCCGCGGCGUCCUCUCCAUGCACGGCCUGACCUAUGGGGUCAUCCGGGUGGACUCGGAGGAAAAGCUGUCUGUACUCACCGUGCAGGACGUUGGCCUCGUGAUGCCUGGAGCCAUCAUGUGUUCGGUGAAGCCGGACGGAGUUCCCCAGCUGUGCAGGACGGACGAAGUCGGGGAGCUCUGCAUGUGCGCAGUUGCCACGGGCACGUCCUACUACGGCCUCUCGGGUAUGACCAAGAACACCUUCGAGGUGUUCCCGGUGACGAGCUCGGGGGCCCCGGUCAGCGAGUACCCCUUCGUGAGGACGGGCCUGCUGGGCUUCGUCGGCCCUGGGGGCCUCGUGUUCGUGGUGGGCAAGAUGGAUGGGCUUAUGGUGGUCAGCGGGCGCAGACACAACGCCGAUGAUAUCGUGGCCACAGCACUGGCCGUGGAGCCCAUGAAGUUCGUGUACAGGGGAAGGAUAGCAGUGUUUUCGGUGACCGUCCUGCACGAUGAGAGAAUUGUGAUCGUGGCUGAGCAGAGGCCGGACUCCACGGAGGAGGACAGCUUCCAGUGGAUGAGCAGGGUGCUGCAGGCAAUCGACAGUAUACAUCAGGUUGGGGUUUAUUGUCUGGCCUUGGUUCCAGCAAACACCCUCCCCAAAACCCCACUCGGUGGCAUCCAUUUGUCAGAAACGAAGCAGCUUUUCCUGGAGGGCUCACUUCACCCCUGCAAUGUCCUGAUGUGCCCCCACACGUGCGUCACAAACCUGCCCAAGCCUCGGCAGAAGCAACCAGAGAUCGGCCCUGCCUCUGUGAUGGUGGGGAACCUGGUGUCUGGGAAGAGGAUCGCACAGGCCAGCGGCAGAGACCUGGGCCAGAUAGAAGACAAUGACCAGGCCCGGAAGUUCCUGUUCCUCUCGGAGGUCCUGCAGUGGAGGGCGCAGACCACCCCUGAUCACUUGCUGUACACGCUGCUCAACUGUAGGGGCACAAUAGCGAACUCGCUGACGUGUGUCCAGCUGCACAAGCGGGCUGAGAAGAUAGCCGUAAUGCUGAUGGAGAGAGGGCACCUGCAGGAUGGGGACCACGUCGCUCUGGUCUACCCACCAGGAAUAGACCUUAUCGCAGCAUUUUAUGGUUGCCUGUAUGCAGGCUGUGUGCCAAUAACCGUCCGUCCUCCACACCCACAGAACAUCGCAACCACGCUGCCAACCGUGAAGAUGAUCGUGGAGGUGAGCCGCUCCGCCUGUUUGAUGACAACACAACUGAUCUGUAAAUUGUUACGGUCCAGGGAGGCAGCUGCAGCUGUAGACGUCAGGGCCUGGCCCCCGAUACUGGACACAGAUGAUUUGCCAAAGAAGCGGCCUGCCCAGAUCUACAAACCUUCCAACCCAGACACGCUAGCCUAUCUUGAUUUUAGUGUGUCCACGACUGGGAUGCUAGCUGGAGUGAAGAUGUCUCACGCAGCCACCAGUGCCUUCUGCCGUUCUAUUAAGCUGCAGUGUGAGCUCUACCCCUCUAGAGAAGUGGCCAUCUGCCUGGACCCUUACUGUGGACUUGGGUUCGUCCUGUGGUGCCUCUGUAGUGUGUAUUCCGGGCACCAGUCCAUCCUCAUCCCACCUGCAGAGCUGGAGACCAACCCUGCCUUGUGGCUGCUUGCCGUGAGUCAGUACAAAGUCCGGGAUACAUUUUGCUCCUACUCAGUGAUGGAACUGUGUACCAAGGGGCUGGGCUCGCAGACAGAAUCCCUCAAGGCACGAGGACUGGACUUGUCCCGCGUGCGGACCUGUGUAGUGGUGGCAGAAGAACGGCCCCGAAUAGCACUCACCCAGUCAUUCUCAAAACUGUUUAAAGACCUGGGCCUCCAUCCACGGGCCGUUAGCACCUCGUUUGGCUGUAGAGUGAACCUGGCGAUUUGCUUGCAGGGGACCUCGGGGCCCGAUCCGACCACCGUCUACGUGGACAUGAGAGCUCUGAGACACGACAGAGUCCGUUUAGUAGAAAGAGGAUCUCCUCAUAGUUUGCCCCUAAUGGAAUCAGGAAAAAUACUUCCAGGGGUUCGGAUCAUAAUUGCCAAUCCAGAAACAAAAGGACCGUUGGGAGACUCACACCUGGGUGAGAUCUGGGUUCACAGCGCCCACAAUGCCAGUGGUUAUUUCACUAUUUACGGAGAUGAAUCCCUCCAGUCAGAUCACUUCAACUCAAGAUUAAGUUUUGGAGACACACAGACCAUCUGGGCACGAACAGGCUAUUUGGGGUUCCUGCGGAGAACUGAACUCACUGAUGCAAACGGAGAGCGCCACGACGCCCUCUACGUGGUGGGGGCCCUAGAUGAGGCCAUGGAGCUGCGCGGCAUGAGGUAUCACCCAAUAGACAUCGAGACCUCCGUCAUCAGAGCCCACAAAAGCGUCACAGAAUGUGCUGUGUUCACCUGGACAAACUUGCUGGUGGUUGUGGUUGAGCUCGACGGGUCCGAGCAGGAAGCCCUGGACCUGGUGCCCCUGGUGACCAACGUGGUCCUGGAGGAGCACUACCUGGUGGUGGGGGUGGUGGUGGUGGUGGACAUCGGCGUCAUCCCCAUCAACUCCCGGGGGGAGAAGCAGCGCAUGCACCUCCGCGACGGCUUCCUGGCCGACCAGCUGGACCCCAUUUACGUGGCCUACAACAUGUAG